GCGCCUGGAUAGCGGCGACCCAUGUACCGUGACUGAGUCCUUGCUGCAGCGGCCCAGGGCUCGAAUCUGACCUGCGGCCCUUUGCUGCGUGUCAUCCCCUCUCUCUCUGCCCCCCUUUCCUGUCUGCCUUCAGCUGUCACUAUAAUAAAAGCCCCCAAAAAUAUACUUUAAAAUGAUGUUAAUUUAGAAUAUUGAAAACAAAGAGUUGUGAAUUCUGUUAAAAUGUCAGUGAUAAUCAGAAAAAAGAAAAAUAUAUCAGUUUGGUAAUCUCACGAGCAAUGCAGUAAGUGGCUGAAAUUUAAAACAAAACGUCGGUCCUUCCUCUUAUCUCAAGCUGCAGAAGUGAGUUAUACCACACCCACAUGCGAUGCAACACACACAAAGCCAGCUGGCCAACAUUGAUACAUAAGAUAACUAAUGAGACUCAGCUUGUUUGUGUCUCCUCAUUGCUGCAACAACCUUUUUCAUACUGGGACAAGAAAUAAGAAGUGAAUAAACAUGUCAAGAGGAGAAAUCAUCUUUCUUUUUCUGUGUUUACUGUUUGAAUCUUCAUCGACUCAAAGCAAACAAUGCGAAACAGAGACAGACUGCCAGAACCAGAUUGUUUUCCGGUCUGCCACAGAAAUCCCACAAACCCUGAGACCAGGUGUGACAGAGGUUUUCUUUCUGGAUAGCCAAAUUAAAACAAUCCCUAAAGCAGCCUUUCUUGAAAACCCCCAGCUUGAAAAGGUGGAAUUCUUGAACACUAAUACGACAUCUAUUGAGCCGGGAGCUUUUGAAGGUUUGGUAGACCUCAAGGAUAUUGAGAUCUCCAACAAUCCACUAACAUCAAUCCCAGUGGGAGCAUUUAAAGACCUAAGCAACUUGGAGAGGCUUCGACUAAAGCUAAACAAGCUCCGCAGUCUAGAGAAAGGCUUAUUUGACGGCCUUGAAAAAGUAAGAGAGCUCCAGUUAAAUGGGAAUGAGAUUGAAUUGAUUGAAGACGGGUCCUUUGAUGGUGUUGAGAACCUUGUACUCCUCCAUUUAGGUAAAAACAAACUCUCUGCUGUAUAUACCAACUGGUUCUCAAAGCUAAACAAACUGGAGAUAUUACGACUUUACGAGAAUCAGCUAAUCACAAUUCCUGAAGAUAUUUUUCAGAAUUUGCCAAAUUUGAAGGAAAUUGGCUUGCAAGGAAACAAAAUAGCAGAAUUACCACCAAAUCUAUUACCACAUAAAGACAAACUAAAGAAGCUUUAUUUGGAAAGUAAUCUUCUGACUAGUUUACCUCAAGAAUUUUUUGUUGGGUUCCCUCAGCUUAGUUCACUGACGCUACAUAAGAAUAAACUGAGCACUCUACCACCAGGGCUUUUUGGAGCAUUGCCUAAAUUGACUGAGUUAAGUCUCAGUCAAAACAAUCUCAACACUCUUCCUGAAGGAAUAGUCAGCCCUCUGAAGAAACUCAAGAAGCUAGAUCUUUCUAAAAAUCACUUUGUCACCAUGCAUGCUGAGUACUUUGAAGGCCUUGAGAAGCUCACAGAGCUGAAUCUACUGAACAACAAGAUAAAUUCGCUGGAUGUAAAUGUGUUUGCAAAGCUGCCAUCACUGACCACACUCAAGCUAGCUCACAACAACCUCCAGACGCUUCCUGAAGAUAUUUUUCAGCAUUUAGUAAAACUCCAAAAACUUUACCUCAGUGACAACCCAUGGCACUGUGACUGCAAUCUGAUACAUCUUCACCUCUGGUUGAAGGCGACCUCUGUCAAGAUUAUGAAUCCUGUGGUUUGUGAGUAUCCAGAAGAUCUAAAAGGGAAGGAAAUCCAAUCAUUAACAGAGGAUCAAUUUAUAUGCCCCACCCUUCCCUCCACAACCACUCUCACCACCACAACUACAACGACACUCCCAACUACAGAACCAACAACCACCAUACUUACUACCACAACACCAACAACUACUUUGCUAACCACAAUACUUACUACAACAACACCAACAACCACUUUGCCAACCACCACCACAAUAAUACCAACAACCACUGCUUUGCCAACAACCACACCCACAACAACAAUAAUAACAACUGUACCCACGACCACUAUAACAACAACAGCUCCCACCACAACUAUAGCAACAACUGUACCCACGACAACUAUAACGACUACACCCACCACAACUAUAGCAACAACUGCACCCACAACAACUAUAGCAACACCAGCACCCACCACAACUAUAGCAACAACUGUACCCACAACAACUAUAACGACUACACCCACCAUAACUAUAGCAACAACUGCACCCACAACAACUAUAGCAACAACAGCACCCACCACAACUAUAACAACAACAGCACCCACCACAACUAUAACAAAAACGGCACCCACAACAACUAUAGCAACAACUGCACCCACGACCACUAUAACAACAACGGCACUCACCACAACUAUAACAACAACGGCACCCACGACCACUAUAACAACAACUGCACCCACAACAACAAUAGCAACAACUGCACCCACGACCACUAUAACAACAACUGUACCCACGACAACUAUAACAACAACUACACCUACAACCAUUAUUGCAACAACUGCGCCUACAACCACCAUAACAACAAUUUCACCUACCACCACUAUAACAACAUCUCUACCCAUGACCACCACCACAACAAGAAGUACGCCUAUGCCCAUGACAACAACUCCACCUACAACAACUAGGACACCUCCUCCACAAACCACUCCAAUGAUCUUCAUCGUUCAUCCCAAGGAGCCAGCCACUCAGGAGCGAUCAUCUUCCUACAAAAACAAACUUCAGCGGUGCAAAUAUCAGAUGAUGAUCUACACCUCACUGCUGGUGGUGGAGAUCACCUGCACACUGGCACUGGCUAAGUUCACCCUGUCUCUUUACCGCCUGCUGCAGCACAGGGAGAGGAUGUACUACAGAGUCAAACUCACCCACUUCUCCUACAGGAGAGAGGUCACCCUCAGGCCACUACUUGAGGCAGAGACUCAUGGACUUUAAAUAACAACAGCACUUUAGAAAGCGUCCACUUGUUUGAUGUCAGUGAUGGUAAAUGAGCAGAUUAGCAACCACAUCACCUGUCAAAGCACCCUGACCUUCAACCAGCAAUACAGAAUGUUUGUCUCCCCCUCUGGCAGCGAGAGUAAUUUCACACAAAACAUAUAAGAAUUUUUAAGUUCACCACAGUGUAAUAUACAGUGAGUGCUCAAUACAAACCCCACAGUAAUAGCAACUUUAAUAAAAAAAAUGUAAUAAAAUAUUCAUUAACUAAUGCUAUACAUUACUAAUAUUAUCAUGCUACUGAUGACAUGCUUUGGCAAGUUGUACAUACACUAGAAAUGUCUCAUCUGCAAAUUCUUUUGCUGUAAAGGAUUUCUGAAAUGCAUAAUAAUGUGUUAAAAAGAUAACACACAGUACAAUGAUUAAACAUCCUUUUUCCUGGA